UUAGCUUCAUAUUAAGAAGAGACCACAAUCAUUGCAAUAAGCAAACCACAACUCCCAUCCCCUUCUCUCUUCUCCACAAACAAUGUCUUCUUCUUUUCUCUUCCCUCAAACUCAAUCCACAGUCAUCCCAGACCCUUCAACCUACUUCUCACCAAACCUCCUUUCAUCACCACUCCCCACAAACUCUUUCUUCCAAAACUUUGUUAUUCCUAAUGGGACACAGCCUGAGUACAUUCAUCCUUACCUCAUCCAAUCCUCAAACUCUUCACUCUCAGCCUCAUACCCUCUUCUCCUCUUCACCACAGCACUCCUGUACCAAGCUUUUGUGCCAGAUCUCACUAUCUCUGCCUCUAAAACAUACUCAUCAUAUCAACAAAACCGUGUAGUCUCAUCCUACAGUGACCUUGGUGUCACUUUGGACAUUCCAAGCUCCAACCUUAGAUUCUUUCUUGUCAGAGGAAGCCCUUAUAUAACUGCUUCUGUCACAAAGCCAACACCUCUUUCCAUCAAAACAGUGCACACCGUAGUUUCCUUGUCUUCAGAUGAUUACAACACCAAACACACCCUUAAGCUUAACAACACUCAGGCAUGGAUCAUAUACACCUCCUCUCCAAUCUACUUGAACCAUGUUCCUUCUGAGGUUACAUCCAAGCCAUUUUCUGGCAUCAUUCGUAUAGCGGCUUUGCCUGAUUCUGAUUCCAAGUAUGUGGAAACUCUUGACAAGUUCAGUUCUUGUUACCCUGUGUCUGGUGAUGCAGCACUCAAGAAACCAUUUAGUGUUGAGUAUAAAUGGCAAAAGAAACGUUCUGGGGACUUGCUCAUGCUGGCUCACCCUCUUCAUGCUAAGCUUCUGUCAUAUGAUCGUGAUGUUACUGUGCUGAAUGAUUUUAAGUAUAGAAGCAUUGAUGGUGACCUUGUUGGUGUUGUUGGAGAUUCAUGGGUGUUGGAAACCAAUCCUAUUCCUGUGACAUGGAAUUCUAACAAAGGUGUGGAGAAAGAGUCUUAUGGCGAGAUUGUCACGGCGCUUGUUAAGGAUGUUCAAGCGCUGAAUUCUUCAGCAAUAGGAACAAAUUCAUCUUAUUUCUAUGGGAAGCAGGUUGGAAGGGCUGCGAGGUUGGCGUUGAUAGCGGAAGAAGUGUCUUACCCUAAAGUGAUUCCAAAGGUUAAGAAAUUUCUGAAGGAGACUAUUGAGCCCUGGUUGGAUGGAACUUUCAAAGGGAAUGCUUUUCUCUAUGAAAGAAAAUGGCGUGGACUUGUUACUAAACAUGGCUCUACAGAUUCAACUGCUGAUUUUGGGUUUGGAAUUUACAAUGAUCACCAUUUCCAUUUGGGGUACUUCAUUUAUGGAAUUGCAGUUCUUGCAAAGAUUGAUCCUCAAUGGGGACAAAAGUACAAGCCACAAGUUUAUUCACUUGUGACAGAUUUUAUGAACUUGGGCCAAAGAUAUAACUCAGAUUAUACACGCCUAAGGUGUUUUGAUCUUUAUAAGUUACACUCUUGGGCUGCAGGGUUGACUGAAUUUGAAGAUGGAAGGAAUCAAGAAAGUACAAGUGAAGCAGUGAAUGCAUACUAUGCAGCAGCAUUGCUGGGUCUAGCAUAUGGUGACUCAAGUCUUGUUGACACUGGAUCAACGCUGGUGGCGUUGGAGAUUCUUGCUGCACAAACCUGGUGGCAUGUGAAAGCAGAAGACAACUUGUAUGAAGAAGAAUUUGCAAAAGAUAACAGAAUAGUGGGUGUUCUGUGGGCUAACAAGAGGGAUAGUAAACUAUGGUGGGCCCCUGCUACGUGUAGAGAGUGUAGGCUUGGAAUCCAAGUGCUACCCUUGUUGCCUAUUACUGAGACAUUGUUCUCUGAUGCUGAUUAUGUGAAGGAGCUUGUGGAAUGGACAGUGCCCUUUUUAAGUAGUCAAGGGUGGAAGGGGAUGACCUAUGCCUUGCAAGGAAUUUAUGAUAAGAAAACAGCAUUGCAGAAUAUUAGAAAGUUGACAGGUUUUGAUGAUGGGAAUUCGUUCACUAAUCUCUUGUGGUGGAUUCACAGCAGAUGAGGAGGAGGAGUGUUUGCACACAAGCUUCUGGACAAGUUUUUUAUUUUUGCAAUAUUAUUUUUAAAUUUGAUUCUUGUCAACAUAUUUUAUUUUCUGUUAUUUAUGAAAUUCUACAUCUUGUAUCAGUGAUUGUUAAUGUGAUGGGGGUAAAUUUGAGCUUUGGGAAUUUUCAAGAAUUUAACAAAAUUUGCAGUAUAGCAGAUUUUUCUACUGUAUUAGCAGUUCAGUUUCCUGUAAUUUUCAACAGUGUUUCUAGUGCAAAAAAACACACUUUGCUUAUGUUGUCAAGUGGUGUUAAGAGACAAUUGAAUCAAAUCAACAAAUGAUGUUCAAGCC